CCUGUCUUUUUAGUAGCGCACAAACGGGACGCUGAUGCUGUCACAUUCCAUCUUCUCCCCACCGCAGAUAAACUUGAGAUUACGCGGCGGCCGCAAGCUGAAGAUUUGAUCUCCGGCGACUCGAGGAGGAAUACAGAUGGCCUCGCCGGGAAACCCUAAUUGGCUACUUGAAUGCCCCCUGAUCGAGGAUUUCACGGUGCCGCCGGAGAACGAGUUCAUCUGGACGGCGCAGGGAUUCAACGAGGCGUUGUCUAAUGGCAGUGUGGCACUGGAUGCCUCUUUCGUAGAAACUGAUGCCUUCAAGGAACAAGGAUCCCAUAAACGUGUCAGGUCUGAAUCUUCCAGUCAACCCGGAUCUAAAGCUUGCAGGGAGAAAAUGCGGAGAGAUAGAUUGAAUGACAAGUUUCUUGAAUUGGGGUCCAUUUUGGAACCUGGAAAGCCACCUAAAGUGGACAAAGUAGCUAUUCUUAAGGAUGCCACCCGUAUGGUGAAUCAACUGCGCUCCGAAGCGGAGAAACUGAAAGAUUUGAAUGAAAAUCUCCAAGAGAAAAUUAAGGAGUUAAAGACUGAAAAGAAUGAACUCCGUGAUGAGAAGCAACGGUUGAAGGCAGAGAAAGAGAGCCUGGAGCAGCAGAUAAAGUUCCUGAAUGCAAGGCCAAGCUUCAUACCUCACGCCCCUGUGAUUCCAACUGCCUUUGCUGCCCAAGGGAACAACACUGGGCAGAAGUUGAUGAUGCCUAUAAUAAGCUAUCCUGGGUACCCUAUGUGGCAGUUCAUGCAGCCUUCUGACGUCGAUACAUCGCAAGAUGCCGAAUCUCGCCCUCCUGUUGCUUGAGCACCUCAUCUCCUUUGGUAUCCUAUUUUGGCAGCUCAUGGCUGCUGUAGCUACUGACUGAUUUGGAUCUUUGGGUUAAUUGCUUCUCAUUUCAACCAAGUAUUUGACUGGGGGCAAUAUGUUCUGAUUGUCGCGCGACUGGUAAUUUAUUUGCAUUGUUCUCUAGCGAUUAUGGAAAUGACUCGAUCCCUUUUUUGUGAUUUAGAAGCUUGAACAAGCUGUGGUUGUAAAAGAUUUGGUUAUAAUUAAUGUAAAUUUGUUAGUUUGUGCUGUUCUGUGAA